CAUCGGGCAACUCCCAAUGACACUUUGCCCCGCGCGUUGCUUGUUUGCGUCUGGAUAAAUUCAAAAACUUUUUCUUAAAAAGAGCGAAAAAAGAGAAGGGACAGUCUUUAUCCAAGCCCACCUUUUCUUCUCUUGCUGCUCCCGCGUUUCCUCUUCUUGUUGUUGCGCAACACGAUCUUUGGAAUACCCUACCUACCUUUCCUCCUCGAGUCGAACUUCUUACCACAUUCUAUCGGCAACCAUGGGCUAUCCCGAUACCUUUGAAGGGUUCAUGAUCCAGGACCAGAAGAAAUGGACCGACUUUCACAAACAAGAGUUCAAACCCAAGAAGUUUGGUGACCACGACAUUGAUAUCAAGAUCGAGUGCUGUGGCGUCUGCGGGUCGGACGUCCAUACCAUCAACGGAGGCUGGGGAGAAGCACCACUGCCCAUCUGUGUGGGCCAUGAGGUCGUCGGCCACGCGGUCAAAGUCGGGGACGCUGUGAAGACUGUCAAGGUUGGCGACCGUGUGGGUGUCGGGGCUCAGAUCUGGGCUUGCCUCAAAUGUCCCCAGUGCAAGAGUGACAACGAGAACUACUGCCCCCAUUCGGUCGACACAUAUGGCGCUCCGUACCCAAAAGAGGUCGAUCCAGACGAGACCAUCUCCCAGGGAGGUUACUCCUCUCACAUUCGCGCCCACGAGUACUUCGUCUUCCCCAUCCCCGACGCCAUCCCCUCACACUUCGCUGCUCCCAUGCUUUGUGCGGGACUGACGACUUGGAGUCCACUCGUGAGGGCGGGCAUCGGUCCAGGCAAGAAGGUGGCCGUGGUGGGCUUGGGAGGCCUGGGCCACUUUGGAGUCAUGUGGGCGAACGCCCUGGGCGCCGAGGUCACAGUCAUCUCGCAUUCCCCGAGCAAAAAGGAGGAUGCUCUCAAGCUGGGCGCCAAAGAGUUUGUGACAAAUACCGAGAAGGGGUGGGCAGAUAAAUACGCCUUCGCCUUCGACUUCGUGCUCAAUACCGCCGACAUGACCCACACUUUUGACCUGAAGGAAUAUUUGUCGCUUUGCAAGGUCAAUGCCACAUUCCAUCAAGUGGGUCUGCCGGACGAGGCCCUGCCGCCGAUCAAAGCACAGCUGUUUAUGAGCAACGGCAGCUCCAUUGGCGCCAGCCAUAUCGGAAACAGACCCGAGGCUUUGGCCAUGUUGAAACUCGCAGCCGAAAAGAAGCUCUUCCCCAUGGUCGAGACCGUGCCAAUCUCUGAGAAAGGAUGCGCGGAGGUGGUAUCUCGCGUUGCAGCGAACAAGAUUCGAUACCGAUUCACAUUGACAGAUUACGACAAGGCAUUUGGAGCUCGCGAUUGAGGAGACUUGCAGCAGAGAAAAAGGGAUCCCCAACAGCCAUCGAGAAGCUAGUUGGGAACUCCGCGCCCGGAGACUAGCAGGAACCUAUCGAGAAGUGCGGAGGUGCGGUCUUGCUGGUUAGCUGUCAAUCGUCAGUCGUCAGUGCAUGUGCGAAUCAGGCGAAGCCACCGGAUCCAGAAAUUGCUUGUCAAGAAGCAGGAUAUUCUCAUUUCUGUUGCUGUCUUGCCAAUUAGGCUCGAGGCGGAGCUUGGUCGAGCAAAGCAACGCGUUUCCGUCUUAUUUAGAUAGCGCGCAUGGGUAUCUGAGACCUGAAAGAUUAUCAAUUUUGGCCGAUCCACGCCAGUACCAUGUUCC